AUGGCCACCUUUCUUUACUACAACCCGAACGCAAACACCUCUCGUUACUCCCAAAAGGCGCGCUUCAGCAAACGGCAGUCGAUUUUACUCGACAAGGGACAAUCUGCAUUGAACUCAGAUCACGAACGCAAAGUGAAUCGUGGGCCCGCUUCUUCCAUUUGCCCUGCCCAGUCCAAUAUUCGCGAUGUCUAUGACUUGCAGCCUGCAGGACCUGCCCCUUCAACGGCUACCCUUAGAAGUACCGAACCGCCAAAUCAAGAUAUUGAAACUUUCAGUGAACGUGCUAUAAGUGACGUUGAAUCGCUUCGCAGCCUUUUUUUGGGGUCUGACCUAGGUGCUGGUGCCGGAUCUUUGGUUGGUGAAUUGAUUUCACCUUUGUCCCCCCGACAUACGCAGUCUCCCUCUUUUGAUGAUGGACUGGGACCUAGAAAUGAGGAUGCAUGCAUAACCCAACCAGAUUCUCGUUUUGAUGGACAGGAGUCCAUUCGCGACUCUGAGCAUUCACAGAGUGUUCCAUCAGGGCCAGACUUGGCCACAUACUGCUUGAAUCUUUCCCCUUCACCGGAACUGCGUGCCCAUGAUUUCGUGAUCGCAGGCGACCACAUUACUGGCCACCAAUCGGAGGUAAUAUUCCCACUGCUGGCUGAUGACCCACCGAAUUUCGGCGAAUCAGCCGCCAUUUGGGAGAGUGAUGAUCAAUACACAAUGAACGACGAUGAGACCCGAAUAGACGCCAAUGAAAGAACUAACAUUGGCCAAUGCAUCAAUAGGCCUGCUUCAGAUUUUGGCCCACGAACUGGAAUCAGCAGCCCGGCAUUGACGGAAAGCUCAGACUUUGGCUCCCCUCACUAUUUGAAUGACCAUGAUAGUCCUGUUGAAAAUUCCCAUGGUUCUAUACGUGAUUCUGAAACUUGUCCUAUCGUCCCCGCAGGGGAGACUUGUCUUACGGACCUCGACAAUACAAUCACAACGCCCCGGCAGCCACUUGUGGAUAAGGAGAGGGAAGGCAACGUCCCAAAUAUCGCAGUGGUCGUGCCUGAGUCAACUCGACUGUCACCACCCAUUACUCUUAAUGGGGCAUACCCGGAAAUAGGUGCGCAAGGGCAUGCCAGUGCGGAGAAACCUCUUGGAGAAGGGCCUUUCACAUCUAAUAAGCCAACACCCGCGCGGCCCCCUUCACGAACCUCCCUUUAUCCAAGUGGCCGGAAGACGUUUGCUAAAUUUUCGCAUGUUGAGAUCCCAAGCCGCCCUCGAGCAGAAGUGAGCCGGCCUUUAGUUGCACGUACAUCUCCUAAUCAACGUGAUUGGAGUUGCCACCCUUCAUUAACCAACGGUCCGUGGCGUUUGGAUGGAACAACUCUGUCAAUCGACCUUCGGGACGCAGAGCAAGUUCCAAUCUUUGUUGGGUAUUCCAGUUUUCGUGUUUACGAUGGUCAACUUACACAAUCCCUUACAUUCCUCCAAGGGCCUACCAAGAGCCCACCAGUCAAUGAACCUGCGCAAACGCCCAGCCCUACUGUGCCUGCUCGUGGACCUCUCUCUACUGAACAAAAGCAGCGGCUUGUGAAAUUAAGGCAGGAAGGAUAUACUUGGGAUGAGAUUGUUCCUAAAUUUCCUGGCAGGAAAAGGGGUAACCUCCAGGCCAUCUAUUCUAGAAGCCUGAAAGAUUUUCGCAGACCAGGCUCUCUGCAUAACCCUCCCUCCGGGCGCGCAUCGUCGUUAUUAAGGUCAUCCUCGAACGGUCGUGUCCUAGCAGAAAUAGCGGGCAAUGGCCGUAUCACAGCUCAACGGACAAACCAGGAUUUGGGGAAGAAGUCACGAUAUAAUCUGCGGGCAAGGGGGAAUCGGUGA